GCUGCUGGAGCAGCAGGUAGAAGAACUGGUGCCCGCCCUUGCUGUGCUUGGAUGACCUUUCCAUUGUUCAAUUUAUGGAAACGUAUCCUGAAUUUGGCACCACCGAAGAGAUCCUGGACCUGCUGUUUGCAAAAUAUGGAUGCAACAAAUAUCUGAAUGAUGACAUCGUGGGAUCCGUGGAGCAGUGCAAAGUGGCCAUCUCCUGCAUCCUGGACAUCUGGCUGGACUACCAUCAGGAGGAUUUUCAUCAGCCACCAGAAUUUCUCUUCCUGAGGAAGCUUCUGGCAUUCAUGGGGCUCAACAUGCCAGGCUCAGACCUGGAAAACUGGGCCCAGCGUUACCUGGAACGAUUCAGCUACCUGGAGCUCGUGGAAUUAGACGAUGAGGAUGAGGAGGACUGGGGGUGGCCAAGCUUGGGACAGGGUGGGCCACACAGACCCAACCUCCAUGCAGCUGGGCCGGGAGCAGUGGGUAGGCUCACACCCCAUUCCCACGGGCUUCAGUCUGGGGAGACCUCCCAGGGCUCUUGUACUCACACAAGUUGAGCAGUGGGAAGAGUGUCCUUGAUUUGGGAGGGACGUGGAAAGUCCGUCCUGGUGAUGAUACUUUGUCUUCUUGGGGCUACAGCUUCGGCCCCGGAGCAACACCCUAACCCACCUCAGGAGCCCACCCCAGCUCCGACUGUGGGGCCUGUGGCACCUUCAGGGCCUGAGGUGACCGAGCCGGUCCCGGCUGCUGGAGGUGAGGGCUUGGCCCAAGCUGAGAUGCUGGCUACUGAGUCCAAGUCAAUGCACAUGGUUUUGGCACCUAUGAUUCCCCACCCUGAUGAGGAGCCACCUGCACCCUUGGCCACCCGGUGGAGGAGUAGGCCCUGGCGCCUGCAGUCAGGGUCCCCAAAGUGCCAGGGCCGCCACCUGCCUCUGGAGCAACUGGCUUCGACCCCUGAACAACCCCCUGAACCACCUCAGGAGCCACCCCAGCUCCUACCGCGGGGCUCGUGAUGGCUGCAGCCCAAUGGAGGCUUCCCUCCCCGUCAUUGUGCUGUUUCCAUAUUUUGUUUUUCUUUAACCUCUAUAAUGGCUUAUGAAUUUUAUUUGUAAUAAAAGAUAAGUUAACGGCAGAAAAUUUA